AAUAUCAUCUUUUUUUAUUUCUUUAAACAAUAAAUAGAAUUUCAAAAAUUUCAAUAUUUUUAAAACAAAAUUAUUGAGUGAAUCGUGAAUAUCAAUUUCAAAACAUGAUUUCAAAUACAUAUUAUGAUAUGUGUAACAAUUACAAAAUUGUCAUCAAAUUUGUGGCAUUUUUAAAGGAUUUCUUGUAAUUCGGGAUUCGUUAAGAAUACGUCCCUGGCAAUACUGUUCUCGAUACUAACGACGCCAUCAUUGGACGACGGAAUGUAUUGUUAAAUCGCUAUCCAGUCACAGUUUAUCAGCCGAGCUGUAACGUAAAAGAGAACGGAGCUACACGUUUUCGAGCAAACGCCGUGUCUAUUCUAUUCACCCCAAAUCUUAUUGUAACAUCCGUCCAUUAUUUUUUUUAAUAAGUUCAUUUUAAAUAAAAAAUUUAAAACGAGUUAAAUGUUGAAGUGUGAUUAUUACAUUUAGAGCAUAUACAUUAUCGAUUGACCACACGAGUCUCUUUUAAGGGAUUGUGAAAUUGUAAAAGGUCAAAACAAAACUUGAAAUCAAGAAAAUGGCGGAUAAAUUAUACUACCCCAAUCCAGAACUAGUGAAAAAAGCAUACUGUAAUAGCUUCGAACAAUAUAAAAGGAUGCAUGAGAAAUCUAUAAAAAAUCCAACAGAAUUCUGGAAUGAAAUUGCAAAACAGUUUUAUUGGGAAACACCGGCAUUGGAAGACAAAUUUUUCUCGUAUAACUUCGAUUUAAAUAAAGGAGAUAUUUUCAUAAAAUGGAUGGAAGGUGCUUCAACGAAUAUAAGCUAUAAUCUUUUGGAUAAAAAUGUAAAAAGUGGAAACGGUGAAAAAAUUGCAUUCUAUUGGGAGGGAAACGAUCCUGAUGAUUAUUCACGAUUAACGUACAGAAAAUUAUUGGAAGAAGUAUGCAGAUGCGCAAAUGUUUUGAAGUCAAAAGGAGUGACAAAAGGAGAUCGUGUCGCAAUUUACAUGCCUAUGAUUUUAGAAUUACCUAUUGUCAUGCUGGCAUGUACCCGAAUUGGAGCUAUUCACAGUGUAGUGUUUGGUGGAUACUCGGCGGAUUCACUGGCAGAACGUAUCUUAGAUUCGAAAUCGAAAAUUUUGAUUACGACUGAUGGAGUAUGGAGAGGCGAAAAACUUUUGUUAUUAAAGACUAUUUGUAACGAAGCUUUAAAUAAGGCUAAAAAGAAUGGUCAUGAGGUUGAAUGUUGUAUAGUAGUGUCCCAUCUAAAAAGAUUGACUAAUCCACAAAAUGCUAAAUCAGAUAUAUUAGGGAAAACAAAUGGAGUGAACAGUAAAAGUGAUGGAUAUAACUACGAUAUCCCUCAAGUUGCAUGGGACGAUGAUCGUGAUGUUUGGUGGCAUGACGAAAUGGAAGAAGCUGAGAAUAAAUGUUAUCCAGUUUGGAUGAAUGCGGAAGAUCCACUCUUUAUUCUAUAUACAAGUGGUUCCACAGGAAAACCAAAAGGUGUCCUUCAUACCACUGCUGGAUAUUUAAUUUAUGCAGCCACAACGUUUAAAUAUGUAUUUGACUAUCACCCGGGUGAUGUAUAUUGGUGCACAGCUGAUAUUGGUUGGAUUACUGGUCAUACUUAUGUUGUAUAUGGUCCACUAGCAAAUGGAGCUACUUCCAUUAUUUUUGAAGGAACACCAUUUUAUCCAAAAAAUGAUCGAUUUUGGACAAUUAUCGAAAAGUAUAAAGUUACACAAUUUUAUACUGCGCCGACUGCAAUUAGAUCAUUAAUGAAAUUUGGAGAUGAUUUGGUGAAGAAACAUGAUUUAUCCUUUUUAAAGGUUUUGGGUUCGGUUGGAGAACCAAUAAAUACUGAAGCUUGGCUAUGGUUUUACAAUCUCAUUGGUAAUGCUAGAUGCAGUAUAUCAGACACAUUUUGGCAAACAGAAACCGGAGGCCAUGUAAUCACCCCUCUUCCUGGUGCUACGCCAAUGAAACCAGGUUCUGCAACAUUCCCAUUCUUUGGCGUUUUGCCAGAAAUUCUGGAUGAAGAUGGUCACUUAAUCGAAGGUGAAGGUGAGGGAUAUCUUGUCUUUCGUCAACCGUGGCCAGGAAUGAUGCGAUCUCUUUAUGGAAAUCAUCAACGUUUUCAAAAUACAUAUUUUGAUAGAUUUUAUGGAUAUUAUUGCACUGGAGAUGGUGCCAGACGUGAUGCAGAUGGUUAUUUCUGGAUAACGGGUCGUAUUGAUGAUAUGUUAAAUGUUUCUGGUCAUCUUAUGUCUACAGCGGAAGUAGAAAAUAUAUUAACGGAACAUUCUUCAGUAACUGAAGCUGCAGCAGUUAGUAAGCCUCAUCCUAUAAAAGGACAAUGUCUUUAUUGUUUUAUUACGCCUAAUGAAGGUGUUAAAUUUGACAAAAAACUUCAAGAUGAGCUCAAAAAUAAAGUACGAGAACAAAUCGGUCCUUUCGCUCAACCGGAUAUUAUUCAACUUGCUCCAGGACUACCAAAAACUCGAUCAGGAAAAAUUAUGAGACGUGUACUUAGAAAAAUCGCAGCAGGAGAUAGAAAUGUCGGCGAUAUAUCAACAUUAGCUGAUGAGAGCAUUGUCAAUACUCUUUUCGAGUUAAGACCACAAAUUUAAAUCAAAUUUAAAUCAAUGUAGCAAUUUUCAAUAAGAACGUAAUAGUUUAGAAAUGAAUGAUAAUACGUUUCCAAUGAUCGAUAAAUAAUUAAUAUAUGACUUUUAAUUUAUAAUUCUUUCAAAAAGUAAAUAUGAAAAACAUAUUAAAAUUUAGUAAAAUGUAUAAUUUAUCAAAAAAAAGGAAAAACAAUUUUUAUUAACAUAAAAUAACUUAAACAAUUUCUAAGAAUAAUUUUUAUUUUAUAUGUUAGGAUCUUUUUUCUUUUAUUAAUAAUUAUUUAUAAUAUUUAUGAAUUAUUUCAUAGUAAAUUAUUGUACAGUAAUUGUAUAAAUAUUGUAAAAAUAUUAUUUAACCGAAUUUCGUCGAUAUAUAUAUAUAUAUAUAUAUAUAUAUAUAUAUAUAUUGUUCAUUUGAAAGAUAGUUUGAUAAAUUAUUAUUUGUAUUACUUGAUGAAAAUGAAAAAUUUAUAUAAAAGAUUCAAUUACUAUUUUUUUAUUAAUUUAAAAUAUAACUGGAUGUUAAAACAACAUGUUAAAAUAAUAUUACAAAUUUUACGUAUCUAUAAAAAAAAAGGUUAAUAAUCAAGUUAUAAAAUAUUUUAGAAUAUCUAAAAAAUAUUAAAGAGUUGAAAUUAUGCUAAAUCUAUUUAAAAUUUUUUCAAAAAUCAAUUAUAAUUAUAUGUUAAUUAUUGCAUAAUGAUCAAUUUUCUAGCAGCAAUAUUUUAUAAAUUAUAGGACAUAUAAAAAUCGAAAGAUGUAUAAAAAUAAUCAUUGUUAAAAACUUUGUAAUGUGCUCUAUGAUGUAUAAUUUUUUAAAUAAUUUUAAAUAAUUUUUCUUUAUUUUUAUAAAUAUGAAAAUAAUUUGAAAACUUGAAAAUUUUACAAAAACAAAUUUUAAUUAUAUAUUAUAUUAAUAUUCCAAAUUAUUUAAAAAUAUUAUGACAUAAAAAUCCAGUUUAUUUAAAAAAAUUUUUUUAAAUUAUAACUAUUAGUAAAAAGAUUUUUAGAUCUUAUAAACAUAUUUUCUUAAAUCUUAAAUACCUUGCGAUAAUAUUCAUACACGUUUUAAUUAUUUUUAUUUCAAGCUUAUUAGUUUUUUAACAAAAAAAUUUAUUUACAAUUAAAAGUAAAAGUGGAAUUAUGAAAGUAUUGCAAUUCAUAUUCAUUCAUAUUUAAAAAAAUAGUAAAAAGAUCUGUAAUUCUAUUAAAAAUAAGAUUUUUGGUCAGUUCA